GCUCUCCUCCUCUCGUUCAUCCUCGACGAGCUUUUCCGCGCGGAAAUGUCCCGCUCCAAAACGGCGGAGCUCUUCGAUGGAGAUCGCGAGCCCGGAUUGCGUGUCAUUGUGCAGAUUAGAGGAAAACCUCGCGACGAUAACGCGUGCUCGAGUCACCCUCCGGGUGCCGGACUCCCAUUUGUCUCGUGUCGCUCGCGAAAUAUCUUCAUCGGGGGAUCAGCGGCAAGAAACAUGGAAUCCUUUGUGGCGUUCUGAAAGUGAGAUCGGGCUGUCGAUCAAUGUAAAGACUGAUCUCGAAUACGUCAGCGAAUACAUUAUUAUCGAUGCUGUGGACAAUGCUCGGAGGUACAAUGUUAUCAUUUUGUAUGUAUGCCACUACAUUCUGCAAAUGCCCGCGAUUCGACUAACUGUACUGAUUGGUUUAAAUCAGUGAAAGGUAACGCACUUUUUGCAUUUUUUCUAUAUGUAAGGUUAUAUCUUUGCAAUAGAUCUUUUAAUUAUAUUUCUGAUAUCGGAGAACAUCUCUUUAUUUUUUACAAAAGAAACGAUAACAUUUGCUCUUUGGUCGAUCGGGGUGAUUGAGCCUCAAGAGUUUGAAUUACUUCGUUAAAAAUGUCUAAUAAACUAUAUCAAUUUAAUGGCAAUUUCUUGCUUGAAACUUGAUCUUUCUCGAUGUAAAUAUAGAGACAUUAAUAAUUUUUAAGCUUAACGAUAAUUGAGGAAGAAGACAAUUUUUCAUGGAUUGUCCUUGAAACUCAAAUAACAGAAUUUUAAUUAAGAUUGGGUAUGAAUGAUAUAUCAUUUUGAAAUAUUCUAAAUGCGAUCUAAUUUUUCGCGCAUUUGGCUUCUUUAAUCUACGCGUCAGCUCGUGUCUUUUAUUUUCGCCUCUUCCGCCUCGAGUUUGCGCCUCCUGUAGAAAUUAGUUCACGUCGAUCCGGAAUAGGUCGUGGGGCCUCUGCGGAACGUGUGCUUCCUUAUUGAUUCGAUCGGCGUUACGUCCCCGUACGAAAAUAAAUUCGUACUAAAUCGUCGUCGUUCUCGUCGUCUCCGGUAUCGAACCGCGCUGCGCGCGCCAUAUCGCUUAUUUCCGUCACAAAAUCGAUCGGCCGGUUGCUAUUAUCACGCUGACUUUUUCCACGGGUGUCGUAGAGCACGUGUUUGUACCGGGAUGGAUCCCGUCGCUUUGACGAGAGAGAGAGAGAGAGUGAAUGAGUGAGUGAGUGAGAGGGUUGUUCCAUUACGGCUAAAUCACAACGACGACUUCGACAGCUGUCACUUAUCCGAUGCCCGCGCGAUGUCCUAUUUUGGAUGUCGACCCGUAAUUGACUACGAAAAUUUUCGACGUAUUUUCGCACCAUGUCGUGGCUCCUUUUGCGAGGAAGGAAACUUCAGUGAGACCCGUAACUUUAAGAGUUCUCGGUGAAUUUGUGUAAUUUAUGCGCGAUCGAAGAGUUCUUUCGAGGUGUGUCCCUGGGAAAAAAAACCCCUGGGAAGAGUCGAGCGAUAUUGGUAGGAAGUAUCGAGCAUUUGAAGCGAGUAUCGAGUGGAAAUGUUAUUCCUGCGAAAAUAUCGAGCAGCAUAAAUGCAAUUUUGCAACAUGUAUAAAUUAUUCCGAUUCCUAUUACACAUAUAUUAUUUUUACGUUUUAAUGUUUGUUGCUUUUUCCUUUUGUUUGAUAUGUACGCGGUUAAAUCGAAACAUCGAUAUGCUGUUAAAUUCAGCACAUUUUUAAUUGCCACGUUGAAUGCUUCUGCGAGCGUCGUGCAUAAUGAGCAUUGUCAUAAAAGGAAAUUAAUUUCUUCCAUUACACGGGAAUUAAGCAAGCUCCCGACCGAAUGUCGGAUGAGAUGCGGUCGUCUCCCCUUUCAACAUCGAACGCCGCCGGUUAUAUUUUCGCCGGCCCCCCCUCACCCUUUUCUGUCCCUUUGGCAAUAUGCAGCGCGCCAGUUGCGGCCGUAAUUCUCUUCAUGGCCGGGAAAUAAUUGCAUCCGCGUUUCAUUGUGUCCGCGGGCUUUAUUUCCGCAACGCGUGUUACCCUUUUACAACUGUUUAUAUAUCCGUGUCGAUAACCUUCUCUCAUGUAUCGAGUACUCUGGUUAAGGCGACCUAAAAUUGAGGGGAUAGUUGGAGAGAAAGCGAUGCUUGCUUUGAGAAAAUAUGUUUAUAUUUUUUUAUUUACAAAUAAGUAUAUAUUCUAAAAAUAUUUUCAUACAUCACAGAAUCUUUAAUCUACUCUGCAAAUCCAAGUGUGCAAAAAGCGCCUCAUUCAUGUGUGUGUGUGACUUAGUUUUCCGCAAAAAUAACAGCACAAUGUGUUAAAUUAUACGUUUAAAUAUGUAAAUUUAUCUUUUUAUGCAAUAGUGUUAUUUUUAUAUGAAAACUAAAUCACACACGAACAAGAUAUUUUUUACUCGAGUUUUGAAUGUGAUCCUUAGAGUAUUUAUCUUAAAAAUAUUUAGAGACGAGUACAAUUCUCAAUUGAUGCAUUUAAGGUGUACAUUGAAUUGUAAGAUGGCAGCUUUACUAUUCUUUUUUUAAAACAAGUUUCGCAUUAAGGGGCAGGUUGUUUCGAGAAAGGCCAUUAAUUGCCACAGAUAGUAAAUGGAACUGUUCUAAAUAUCGACAGCGCGAGAGCACUCCACUUUUAUUGGGGUUUAAUUAACGCCGAAGGGGAAUGCGGAGGGUUGAAAAUGUAGGCGAGUUUAUCCCCGCGAAUCUAAAUUUCAGGAGUGCUAUCGACCCUUUUCCGCAGAGCGUCUCGGGAUUCACAUGAGCCCGGACGCCAUUGCCCCUCGUUAUUUUUAUACUUAUGCAGAUCUCGAGAUUUGUUGGAGGUUGCGAUUUGCAAUGCAAAGCCCCGGCGUAGUCGAGGGAUAUUGUUCGCGAACUCACAUUUAAUUAAGGAAAACCCGACGAAUUUAUUAGUAUUUUGUAAGGACAAUUUCAAAUCUGAAUUAAAGACUCGUUGAGAUAUUUAACAUAGUUAUUAUUCCACGAUUACCAGUUUUUAUCCAUUGACUGGUUACUCUUGGAGAAAAUUAAUUACAUAUUUAGUAACAUUGUAUAUCUCUCUUAUUGCAUGGAACGAUCGAUGUAAAUGUCUAUGUGCAUGUUUAUGAGAGCUUCAAAAAUUAUUAAUACUCAUUAUUAAUUAAUUACAUAUAUUAUAUUAAUUUGAAUUAGACAGCGCAUAGUAUUUUAUAAAAAAGGCGAAAAGAGAAUCUAUUUUGAGCUAAUCAAAACUAACAUUAAAAAACCUGUAUAUGUAUUAAAUUCUUCGUCGACUUUCGUAAAACAAGAAUUUGAAAUUUAUUUAAAAAAAUAAUAUGGAAUUUAUAGAGCAUUCUAUUUAGUGCAUGUAUAAUUGGAAUCAAGAAAAGUGUGUUUAUAAAAGAUGAUAAAUUUAAAAGUUUCAAAAUAUGUCUGGUUUAGUAUAGAUAUUAAGAGGGUCAUGCUCGUGUCAUUUAAUGUUACUUAUAAUUAAUGGCCUGAGGGCGAGGGUGACAAUAGCGAGUGGCGUCCCGCGUGUACUUUUCUGGAAAAUUAAUUUGGUAAAUGUGACCGGGGCCGCUGGUACGUCGUCGCCUAUGUAGCUGUCGCGAGAAUGAUCACCUAGUAAUAUUGCAUCUACAUACAGAAUGCUCUGGAUAAUGUUUUUUUUCUUCUAACUAGACAGUAUUCCAUGAAAAUUUCAAAACGACUUUUUUCAUGCAGAGAAAUUUCAUAUUCAAUUUUUUCGAUUUUAGAUUUAGCUUCUAUAACUUAAAAUUUUAUUAAUAUUGUAUAAUAUAAUUAAAAGAUUUUUAUCAUCUAUAUACGUUAUUAAAUUUUAUGUAAUUUAUUAAUAUGCCAUUUUUAUAAAUCCUUAUGACUAAAAAAUCGAUUUUUUGACGAUGAAACGUACGACUUUUUGCCGAGAGAAAGUAUGCAACAUCAGGGACCACCCUCUAUGUACAAGAAUUACCACUGCAGUGAUUAUACGGAUUGCAUAUUGCGCACGCCCGUUUGCAUGUUGGUCCAUGCAUCGUGCCUUUCGUAGAGAUGCUUAAUACCUGCGUCGCGUGUUUUAGCAUUUACGUACAUUUUAUAUAUACAUAAAAAAAAAUAAAGAAACGAGGAACUUUUUAUAAUGGUGUCUCGCGUACGACAAAUAAAUAACGAGAUUAACGCAUUUCGAAAGAAAAUUUAGUGGUACGAUACAGGAGGAAGGUGAUUUAUGCACCCCAUUUCGCGGAAAAUAUAACGGCUAUAUAUUCAAAACGUUUCGAUAUAUCGAGAGAUUCUUUCGGGUCCCCAUAUUUCAUGCAAAAAUUCGAAAACGUAUCUCGCGUAGCAAUCGCGCAAACAGCAUAGUCGAUUGAACUAUCCGUCAAAGAAUUAAAAAAGCAA